AUGGCGGUGAACUCGGUGCACUGGUUCCGGAAGGGGCUCCGGCUGCACGACAACCCGGCGCUGCAGGAGGCCCUGAGCGGGGCCGACUCGGUCCGCUGUGUUUACAUCCUGGACCCGUGGUUCGCGGGCGCCGCCAACGUGGGAAUCAACCGAUGGAGGUUCCUGCUGGAGUCUCUGGAGGACCUGGACAGCAGCCUGAAGAAGCUCAACUCCAGGUUGUUUGUAAUCAGAGGGCAGCCCACGGACGUUUUCCCCAGGCUCUUCAAGGAGUGGAACGUGACCCGGCUGGCGUUUGAAUACGACCCGGAGCCUUAUGGGAAGGAGAGAGAUGCGGCCAUCAUCAAGAUGGCGCAGGAGUUUGGGGUCGAGACCCUCGUCAGACAGUCACACACCCUCUACAACCUGGACCGGAUCAUUGAGAUGAACAACAACAGUCCUCCUCUGACCUUCAAGCGGUUCCAGACCAUCGUGAGUCGGCUGGAGCUGCCGGGCAGACCGCUGCCUGCCGUCACCCAGCAGCAGAUGGACACGUGUCGCACUAAGAUAACAGACAACCACGACCAGCUGUACAGUAUUCCCUCUCUGGAGGAGCUAGGCUUCAGGACGCUGGGUUUACCUUCAGCUGUUUGGCGAGGAGGAGAAUCCGAGGCUUUGGACCGGCUCAACAAACAUCUCGACAAGAAGGUGUGGGUGGCCAACCUGGACCAUCCCCGGGUCAACACCUGCUCUCUGUACGCCAGCCCCACCGGCCUCAGCCCCUACCUGCGCUUCGGCUGUUUGUCCUGCAGGGUUUUGUACUACAACCUGCGAGAGCUCUACAUGAAGCUCCGGAAGCGCUGCAGUCCUCCUCUGUCCCUGUUUGGUCAGUUGCUGUGGAGGGAGUUCUUCUACACCGCCGCCACCAACAACCCCAACUUUGACCGCAUGGAUGGAAACCCCAUCUGCGUCCAGAUCCCUUGGGACCAGAACCCGGAGGCCCUGGCGAAGUGGGCCGAGGGUCGGACUGGUUUCCCCUGGAUCGACGCCAUCAUGACGCAGCUGAGACAGGAGGGCUGGAUCCACCACCUGGCCCGACACGCUGUGGCCUGCUUCCUGACCAGAGGAGACCUGUGGAUCAGCUGGGAGAGCGGCAUGAAGGUGUUUGAGGAGCUGCUCCUGGAUGCAGACUGGAGUGUGAACGCUGGCAGCUGGAUGUGGUUGUCCUGCAGUGCCUUCUUCCAGCAGUUCUUCCACUGCUACUGUCCUGUCGGCUUCGGGAAAAGAACGGACCCAUCAGGAGAUUACAUCAGGCGUUACAUCCCCAUCCUGAAGGACUAUCCCAACCGCUACAUCUACGAGCCGUGGAACGCUCCGGAGUCCAUCCAGAAGGCGGCAAACUGUGUGGUGGGAGUGGAUUACCCCAAACCUAUGAUCAACCACGCAGAGGGCAGCCGGCUCAACAUCGAGAGGAUGAAACAAGUCUACCAGCAGCUCUCCCACUACAGAGGACUCAGUCUUCUAGCAUCAGUACCAACCAUCCAGGAGGAGGCAGAACCGCUGAUGACCGAUGAGUCAUCAUUCAGUGGACCUGACUCUCCUCCCAGAGUUCCCCCCCCCAGUGAAGCCGCUCCUGACUCGUCCACAGUCUUUGUGUCCUACGCUCCACAUCCAGAGCUGGAAGACACUCGGAGCGUUCACCCCCCCCCAGACGCCCUGCACCUCCUCAGGCUCACACCCGCAACCCCCUGCAGCCGUAUCAUGGAGCUUUGCCCCUCCCUCCCCAGCUCAUAGUCCUCUGUCAAGGUCGAAAGCCUCGUCCCCGUCCUCGUCAUGUCCCACCUCGUCCCCGGUGCCGAGUCCAGCCGGGACCUCAGGUCAGACUUUUCCCAAAAGGAAAAGUCUCGCCCGCAAGACGCGUCGCAGCCCGAGGCCGCGAGGGCGUCCGAGCUCUGCUACGUCAGGCAGGGAGGGAGAGAGGAGGGAGGAGGAGGAAGAGGAGGAGGAAGGAGAGAGGGAGGACAGGGGAGGGGACGAGAGGAUGGAGGAGGGUGACCACGAGGUGGAGAGGAUGGAGGAGGAGACUUCAGCACAUCAGCAGUGAGACGAGGUGGAGUUUGAAGAGAAUCGUCUUCAAACGCACACAUCGUCAACUGGACAAAAACACACACACAAGGAACAACAUCAUACACACAAACACACAUUCACCACAAGUGGAAUCAGUACAGACGCAUCUUACUCACGUCUUCUCUCGUUAAUUAUUCGGAUGAGCUUUUGCAUAACUAAAUAUUUUUAGAGCAGGACCAGUCCAGAAUGACUGAACACAAAAAACAAUCACUCUGAUUCGAGACCUCAUGUCCGACACCAGGGGGCUCUGCUCGUGGGAGGAGAAACUCGGAGUUUGAUGAAGCUGCGUUUUGAUAUGUUGCAGUGUUGAUUUUAUAUAAAUGUUGUAUAAGAGAUUUAAUACGACAUCUCAGAGCGCUGGACAGAACCAGAUCAUCCGGACUUUACUCAGUGACAGUCCGAGACUGUGACAUCAGAUCUACUGACCGACACUCAAAUGUAUAAACUAUUUUAUGUUGUAGCUCCCCCCCCCCCCCUUGCAGUUGUUUACUUUACCUUCACGUCAAACUCGUGGCCCACAGGGGAAUGUAGGACAUUUCUGUUUGUAUGACCCUGAUGAUGUUGUUCAGGAUGUUUUCCUCCUUUUGACCAAGUUAGAAACACAGACCGUGAAUAUAGACACGUCUUCGUCUCCUCCCACUGUAAUAUUAUAUAUAUAUAUAUUAUAUAUAUAUAUAUAUGGCCAGAGUCAACGCAGUAGCGAUCAUGUUGUGGAGCAGUUUCGAGUUCCCACCAAUACACACACUCUACCAAUCAGGAGUCAGUCUGACCUGUCAAUCAUUAGAAUCAGUUCAAUCAGUCUCCUCCAUGUUCACAGAUGGGACAUGAAAAUAAUUUAAUAAUUAGAAAAGUACUCGUCAAAGUUUUUUAAAUUAUUUCAUUUUAAGCUUCACACCGAUGUUUAUGCAAAAGUUCAUGUUUCUGAUAAGUUUGGCUUUAAUUAAUUAUUUGUUGAUAUAGAAAUGUGGUGAAAUGUCACGAUUGACAGUUGAGACGGCCUCUGAUUGGUCGAGAGCAUGUGUUUGCGGGAACUCUACCACCGCUCCACUUCCUGGUUGUCCCUGUACUGGGAGACUGGGAGUCGGGGAUAUUUGGGUCUCAUUUCUGGACAGUGGGAGGAAGUGGAGACACCAUCUUUAUCUAUAGUCCAUGAUUUUAACUCUAUUGAAUCGACAUGUUAUGUAAAAACCCAGCGUACGGAUGUUUAGCAGCAGUGACUCGGUUCAUUAGGGAUCAUUACGUUUUCGCCCUGUUUGCACCCGUCUGCUGUGGAGGGUCACACGUCUGUGAGGUCGUAGCAGCACAUGAACCAAUCACUAAUAAUUCAAUUAAUUUAGACACUUUAUCUGAAAACGAGACGAGUCUUUGAGACCAAAACGUUUUUAAGCUAUUGCCAUAAUUUUUAACUGGCAACUGAAAAUGCUGCUUGUGUGGUUUAAAAAAACUAAAAGAAAGAAUGUAGAGCGGGAAGAACGGCGUGUUGCUCUCCCAUAUAUGUUUAACAGAGUUUGUAUAUAAAAUAUAUAAAAUAUAUAAAAACCAUAACCUGUUUACUGAUGGUCUGUUUAAGGGGGUUUCAUAAAGACUUAAUUCUGUCUGGACGUUUCUCACCAGAAUCAUAAACACAGAACAAAACAAAUGUGCAAACAAUACAGGGCUGAAACUAAAGACUAGUUUAUUAAUUAGCCAAUAAUUAUUCAUUUAAGUUUCACAAAUUGGUUGAUUUUUAACAUUUAUGCCCAGUUUUAUUGUGAGAAACACAGAUAUUCACUUUACUGUCGUAUAAAACAGAAGCCGCGAAUCCUCGUAUCAGCUGACGUCAGCACUUUAGCAAACAUUUAAUUAAUUGAAGUCUUAAUUCAGCUUUUAAAUAACUGAAUCUCAAAGUGAUUUCAAAAUCUUUUAUACAGAAAAACCUAUUGUAGCCACCUGAGGAGGAAAAUGUUUAACAUUUAUGAAUGCUUUUAUGAUGUAACUUAAAAUCCAAUCCCUCAUAGUUUGAUCCGGUUUCAUUUAGAUUUGAGAUGUUUGGAGAUAAUUGUGUCUUUAAGUAACAGAGGUCGUUAGUAGAGGUCGUUAAUCGACUGUGUGCCUCAGGACUUUGGGAUUGUUCAGACAGAAAGAACAAGGAUUUAGAGAAGUCUCGUCAGACAAUGACUGAUAUUAUUUAUGAAUAAAAUAAUGUCUUUAAAAGUUGGAGACGGAACCGAAGACUGAAAAAUAAAAGAAUGUAAAUUAAUGUUUUGUUACUAAGAUUCCAAACAUGAAAUCAAACAAAGCACAUUAAGGGUUUAAGUAUUUGUCUUUUAGAUGAAUAAUUUGUUUUUCUAAAUCAAUGAACCAUUUAUUCUCUAUUUCAGAAAUGAAAAUGAGUGAUUUUCUAUGAAGAUUUAGCUUUUCAUUUAAAUCCAAAGUGACUUUGUGAAACCCCCUUACUGUUUCCUGGAUGUGUCAAAGUUUAAUGGAUUGUUUUUUUUGUCUCAAGACAAACCUCAGCUCCUGGAGGCCGUCAUUCUGUUGGUGUUCAGGAGAAGUUGGAACUUGUGAAGUUUGCAUCUUUCAGGGUAAAAGGACAAAAAGGGGAAACGCUCCCAGUUCAGCCUGUGAUCACAGAGAAACACUCCCAGUUCAGCCUGUGAUCAUAGAGAAACACUCCCAGUUCAGCCUGUGAUAAUACAGGAACGCUCCCAGUUAAGCCUGUGAUCAUAGAGAAACACUCCCAGUUCAGCCUGUGAUAAUACAGGAACGCUCCCAGUUAAGCCUGUGAUCAUAGAGAAAGCUCCAAGUUCCCACCGAUCCUGAACCCAACACAAGCCCCACUCAGCUGCCUGUGUUUACUGAACAUUCCAGCGAGCCCAGCUCGGGGCCCUCGAGGGCCACAGGUCUGUCUGAGGUCUGUGGGUCACAUGGAUAUUUAUUUGUUUUGUAUAAGAACAGUUUAUUUUCAUUAAAACUGCUGAAGGAUUUGUGAUUGAA